AUGGACCUGCUCUGUGCACCGUUCGGCGUCGUCAGGAUCCAGCCCGCGUGGCCUUCGUCUGGCUCUAAUUCGUCUUCGCUUUCGAAGUCCCACGAUUCUAACUGUAUAGGUAGUGGCCUGAUACUGGUGGCGGCUUCCGACUUCGCCCUGUCAGAAACAGCGUUCCUGGACUACAACCAUGGCGACACAGACAGUCUUGAUCCGGACGAUCCAAACGACAGAGCAAGACGCAACACCAUCAUGCUCGCCCACAACGUCUACUCUCGCACCGCCUCUGUAGGAAGCCUCUUCAGGCGCAUCGCUCAGGUUCUUCUGACCAUGACAAUCAUCGAAACAGCCAACGGCCUGCUCUUUGCUCUCAAGCGACAGCGAACCACGUCCCAAAAGGUUCUCAGAUGGCUGACUAUGUCUCUUGGCUUCGUGUUUGUGGUCCUUGCGCUGGCGCACACGGUUAUGGCGAACACGAUAAUGCGCGAGCAGUGGUAUGACAUCUUUAACUAUCAUGCGACAUCGACGGGGUUGACAGGUCAAGAUGAUUUCUCUUAUCUGCAGUCCUUGGUAUCUCGAGGCGCAGCUUCGCGCUGCCUUGAUGGAGCGUAUAAUGUUCUCAACUUUAUUGUUGCCAUUGGGGUUCUGGUGUAUACCUCUGUGGUGAUGCACUACUACGCCCAGGUUGAGCCAUCCCGCGUUCUUCUCAUAUGGCCAGCUAACACAAGACGUCGGCAGUGUGCCAUCGAUUUACUCUUUGCAGCACUGCUCAACUUCUCACGGUGGAUGUGGCUCCUCGUCGUUUCUGCCUUGUGGAUCCUACCCGAUAGGCCUGUCAUUCCCAGUACCAACGGAACCUCAUACGGCGGUAAUGCCUUCUUGGACAUUAUCGACUUCGCGAUCAUCGUCAUUAUUCUAUUCUCGAUAUCGGUGCUGAAGAAGAAGGGAUUGUGGACCACUCUCCAGCCAUGGAUGGGAGGCGUCCCUCCUGUGAUGGUCGUGAGACAAUACCCAGCUUACGGACAGCUGCAAGUUCCGGGCCAAGUCGGAUAUUAUCCAAAUGGAUAUCUCGGUCCUCAACAAGCCUAUGUUCCGUCGGGCCAGCAGCAGCAGGUUCAGUAUGUUUACUAUCAGCCUCAGGAAGUUGGCGGUGGAGCGCGAUACGAAAUGCCUCCAGAUGGUAUCAACGAGCUUGGAGGAGGCAUGCAGAGAGAGAAAACGGCGGACAUGAAAGUGUCUGGGUGA